CUAUCACACUCGCCUCCGUUCGCAUUAUCGAACCAUCCAGGAAACACGAAAUGCCUACCCUUACCGCGCAGUUAGCCGGUCCACAUUGGGAACCAACAACGCCUACACAAAGGUUCUUCAAGGCUUACGUCCACGCCGUCGACAAUAAAGGAUACAAUGUUGGCUCCGGCCUCAAGUUCUAUUCCAAAGAUGUUACAUUUCACAACCAGAACAACGCCGUUUAUCAUGGCGGGGAAGAGAUGUGGGCGUGGAUGAAGAAAUUGUUUGGCGUCUUCGACCGCAUCAGCCAUGACUGGAUCCAGUUCACGGAGAUUCAGCGUGAUGACGGUACUACUCAAUUCAUCACUCAGAAUAUCCGCAACCUGUGGGUCAAGGGCAACGAUGCGGAGAAACCGACUGUUAGCAUCCCAGUUGUCAUGAUUGCUAUCGUUGGUCCAAGUGGUGAUGAAACCACGCCUGAAGGUCUGCAUUUCAAGGAAGUCUGGUUGUACUGGGAUACUGCUUUACUUCUCCCACACCUGCCGGGGGAAGCUGUUGUUUUCAAGACCAAGAAUGUCUUAGCCUCUGAAUAGAGGAAUAGCCACAAGUUUAUGCCUCCAGCCUACGGGAAGGCAUGAUGAGCCAGCGGAAAGGUGCUGUACGUAAUGCUUGGUCAUAGAACUGCCAUUUCUCCCGCCUUACUCAUAUACUCUCGUCACGUACCUCUCCCGUUCUGUAUAUCGUUGGGCCUCUGGCGACCUUACAGUCGUAUUCAGAAUGGCGGAAAUCUCGAAAUGGAAUGGGAUGCCAAACCCCAGCUCCAACCCGCUGGACUAAGUACUCAUCCCCAAAGAUCCCACAACUGACCCUAAUAGCGAGAUAGCGGCCAAUUAUGCAUAGCUGUGAGUACGAUGUUCUUCUGCGUCGUGGUUCAGUUCCAUGAUCUUGAAAACCGACUCUGAAUGCGGGGAAGAAGGACGUGUGAAUAGCGGGGUCGCUU